CCUGUCACACACCGGAAGUCCGCCAUCUUGCUACACCCGAGCUGUUAGAGCGGAUUCGUACGGCGGCUGUGUUGACUUCCUUUCGGCUGGGAGCAGCAAGAUGGCGGCCGCGCGGUAACGGUUAUACCGGGAGCCAGUGACCCCGUCGCCGCCAUGGAGCCCGCGGGCCGCAGGGACAGGGGGAAACCCAAGGAGUCUGUCAGCCGGCUGGAGAGAGCCAAACAGAAAACAGCUCAGCAAGAGCUCAAACAACGGCAGAGGGCGGAGAUUUACGCUUUAAACAAAAUGAUGACGGAGCUGGAGCAGCAGCAAUUUGAAGCGUUUUGUAAACAGAUGCAAACAUCUGGCAAGUAACCAUGGCUUGGCACUGGCCAAAAACGGAGCCAAUGUCCGGUGACACCCAAGUAGCCGCGCGUUGGGACCUGCUGGCCACGAGAGAGGAUUUGUAGGUUUUAUAUAAAAGUAACCCUUUCUCUUGUGAGCCAACUUGCCCACUUUAGCCAACAGGUUUUUAUUAUUUACUUUUAUUUACCUUCAAUCCGCACCCUCUGCUUGAUGAAAUUUCUUCUGUUUCAACUAUGAUUUUAUAUUAAAUCAAUUUUAAUAAAAUCACAA